UUGAGAUUUGAACGAAUGCAGUGAUGGGUAAGAGAGAAGGAAACAGAAGGGGCUGGACUCCAUCUUCAAUUCACCAAGGUACGCUGACGCUGAGAGAGGAAAGCAGUGGUAGGAAGCAAACCAAAGGAGGAUCCAACAAUGUCAAGUCUAUAUUGAAAAGGAAGCAUUUGCAGAAUCUCGCACUAUGGGCUGGUGGAGGAGCAUCUAUUCCAUCUCUGGGUGCCCUCUUUGGGCACCGUUUGGCCGAUUGUGCAGAGGCCAUGGAGACUCCGCUUGAUCCCUCUUUGUUUCUUUGCCAGAGAUGUGAAACUAUUCUUCAGCCUGGAUACAACUGCACUAUCCGAAUUGAAAAGAGUCAUGCCAGGGUACGGAGACGUCGUAAGAAACUCAACAAUCCUACUCAGAACAAUGUGGUUUAUACUUGCCACUUUUGUUCACAAAGGAACCUGAAAAAAGGGACACCAAAAGGUUACAUGAAAGAGAUCUGUGUCUCAAGACCUAAACCAGCUUCUGAAUUGGGACGUGUUGGUUCCACUCCACAGGAGUCUGCCAUCCUGGAGAAAGGCAUGCAGAGGAAACAGGGUAAUAAUAAUUUAGAGGAGUCCAUAUCCUUAGAAAAGACAUCAAUUUCAGAAUCAAAAUCUGGUGGUCCAGAGGCUUAUCUAGCAACACAUGGACAGGUUGCUCAGGAAAAUAUACCACUGACGCCAUUGGUGAAAACCAGUCUUUCCCUAUUGGAGGGGAAGAAGAAGAAAAGAAAGAAGAGAGGAUCAGGUUCAAACCAGGCAGGUGGAACCGAAUGCAAUUCUGCAACUGGCGACACAGAGGGUGCGGCCAGCGGCUCAAGUAAACGAAGGAGAAAAUCUUGGACUACACUGAAGGAGAUUGUCGAAAAUAGUGAACGAAAGAACAAUAACCACAUCACUAAUUUGUCAAUCCCAUUCUUUUUAUAGAUGUUCAUGUAUCCUACUGUAUUAUAGAUGAGAAGAGGUGAGACUAAUACAGUUAGAGUCUGAAAGAAAUGAUCUAGUUUUCAA